AGUGGGGGCGUCCGGGCGCGUCGCUGCGCAUCUGCCGGCACCGCACGCGCCGCGGCGGCCGGCGUGUGGGCGGCGGGAAGGGGGCCGCGGCAGAGGCGAGGCGCGCGAAAAAAUUCCCGCCGCCGGCCGCGGCCGUGGCGGAGGCGGAGGCGGAGCUCGGCACACGGGGCCGGCUCGUGACACACGGCGCUCAGAGCGCAGCGGCGCGCGGGUCGGCGCCGCACAUGGACGCUGGGGGCGACGCGACGGCCGCCGCCGCCGCCGCAGCCGCCACCGCCGGCCGCUGGUGGGGGGCGGCGCCCCAGGCCUCCGCAGACGUGAUGAACCAGCUGUGCCGCGUGUGUGGGGAGCCAGCAGCGGGAUUCCAUUUCGGUGCCUUCACCUGCGAAGGCUGUAAGUCUUUCUUCGGCCGGACGUACAAUAACCUCGGUUCCAUCUCCGAAUGCAAGAACAACGGGGAGUGCGUGAUCAACAAGAAGAACCGGACGUCGUGCAAGGCGUGUCGCCUGCGCAAGUGCCUGCUGGUGGGCAUGUCCAAGAGCGGCUCCCGCUACGGCCGGCGCUCCAACUGGUUCAAGCUGCACUGCCUGAUGCAGGAGCAGCGCCAGCAGCAGGACCACCAGCCGCCGCCGCUGCCGCUGCCGCCGCCGCCGCCGCUGCCGCACCAUCUGGAGCCGCCGGGGCCCGCCAGCUCGCUGGGCAAGGCCAAGCCCCUCCUGUGGGCAGACGCCUCGCGGAUGAGGCACGCCGCCGACGCCGACAACAACAACGUGUUCCCGGACAAGCAGCACCAGAGGGACACGACGCCGUCGCCAGCUCCGGUGCCACUGAGGGGUUUCGCGCACGCGCAGCAGCAGGGCGGCUUCGGCUCUCAGGACGCGGCGGCGGCGGCGGCGCUGUGGGCGGCGAGGAGCUCGCUGCUCGUGCCUCCGCACUCGCACCCCGGCGUGCCGGCCUUCGCCCUGCCCUUCCUGGCGUCGCCCUUCCAGCAGACGUCGGCGGCUGCGGGGGGUGGGGGUGUCGCCGCCGCGGCCGCCGCCGCAGCCGCCGCCGCAGCCUUCUACCACGCGCCGUCGCCUCACCGCAACUUCUUCCUCCCCUUCGUGCAGUCCCUGCAGCCCCCCAGGCCCGUGCAACACCAGCGGCUCCCGGCGCCCCUAGCACUCGAGGCCAGGCUGUCGUCGCCGUCUUCUUGCUCCUCGGCGACGUCGUCUCCCCCACCGCCUAGCGCGAGGCACAAGGCGCCUCUCAACCGGCAGCAGGAAGGCCAAAAGUCCGCAGUGGCGCUGUUGUCGCUGGGUCCCGUCCAGGAGCAGCCCAUCGACCUGUCAGUGAAGGGCGACGAGAAGGGCGAAGGCUCGACCAGGUCGUGCAGCUCCGGAUCCUCGUCCCCCGCCAGUGGUGGUGCGGCGGUAGCACAGGACUGUGGCAGCGACGCUGCCUUCUCUGGCGCAGAAGACAGCAACAGCAAGGCGACGGAGAGUGAAGACAGCGCCGUCGACGCUUCAGCGUCACAGACGCCUGCCGCGAGGACGACGCCCCUCGACCUGACGACCAGGUCUUGACACGAGACCUGAGUGUCAUUCUUUCGCGUUAUUUCUCCACUAAACACGCUGACGGUCGUUUGCAUUCACUGGGAGAAUAUGAAUACAGGGAGCAACCAAGAGUAGCCGGACACCAUACCUUCAUCAUACCUUCUCAGCUGACUAUGAUGUACCUGACACAGGCUCGCAUACGACUUCCUUUCUUGCAGAUUCAGUAUACUUCCUAAUUUUACAAGCGAAUCCGACAGUGAUCCAGAAAGUGUAGAAAGUGUAGAAUAUAUUUCUUUAUUCCGUCUGUGAUCGAGCUGAGCAUCGUCGCGCUACGAUGCUGAGUUGAUUCUGUGUUUAUCUUUUGACGAUGCCACUAUGGCUCUAUUAAAUCAGGAAAUGUUUUUAAAACAUAUCUGAAGAUAGUCAUUGCGGACCGAAACCUGUAGUCUGAGGUCCUAACAAGUUUGUCACACACGAAAAUAAAGAAAUUUUUCUAUAGUUCCAAAUUGGUACUGAACGUUUCCUGAGGAAUAAAAGAAUAAUUCUUCUCAUACAUCUUUUAAGUGCUGGUGUAUCUACAUCCAUCUCCUGGACUGGUAAUGAGUUACCGUCCUGCAAAUUUCAGAAUCUGCAGUCAUAUUUCAAUCAAGUAUGCAGGGUGACUCAGGGGGAAAGGUACAUACCCUGAGAGGUGAUAGUAUAGUGAUGCAGAUGACAAACUUCAUAUCGACAUAAUUUCCUAGAAAGAACACAUUUAAUGUAGGAGUAGGGCUUGAACCUUCCGUAUGUUUGCAGCGCCACAUCAGACGCUAUAACUGGGUUAUUGAUGUGCUUAUUCAGCCAUUUAAUUACUUACGUUAUUUCCCAUCAAAUGACCCACAGUGCAUAAUAAAUUUGUUAAAAGGCUGCAUCAUAGAUAUAAUUUUUCCAAAUUCUGUAUUUGGCUCAACGUGCAAUGUGAUCUUGAAACAGGAUCCACAGCUUAAAACAGGUGGACAAGUCAUAUCAACACACUUUACUGAAAAUAAACUGAACAUCGUGAUGAACACACAUAAAAGCAAUUUACCUGGUUAACAAAUUAGGCCUAACAUUCACGUUAAUAAACAUUCAAAACCAACUAAUUACUUUCAAUGCCAUACGCCUACGUAGCAUUUUUAUAUUCUUAAAUCUAUUGCCCUAUUGUAAAUGACUAUUACAAUGUAUCUUGCGCCAUGAUCAUGGGCCAAUAUCACCAACUGGUUCAAGGUACAAUUUUUGUCCUACUUCAAUAAAUCCUUAGCGUAAUCUGAAAUAAUAAAACGGCGGAAAAAUUCACAGCAUGGUUGUUGAGAUAAAUGUCUACCAUAAUUAUUAACCACUUAAUUUUAAUUUCGUUUGUGCAUAUAUAGCUAAAAUAACAUUAAAUUAAGAACAUAAAAACUUCCUUUUAGGUGGAUAAAAGAUAUUUCUAAGAAACUAAAAUAAUUGCUCCUUGUUCUUCUAACUAGCUGUACUCGCAUCAUAAUAGGCAACUAUCGGUAUGAAACAGGCUAAAGUUAGAGAUAACGACCACAGAUAUAAGAUUACCUCAAUGUACACGCGGCUCGAGCUGCAAAUCUCUUCCCCAUAUCGUUAUUCUUUAUAUUAUUCAAUCAUUGUCAUAGUUUACAAUGUACCACAGUCGUUUAGAGGAAGAUGAGACGAACAAUUUGAGGCAGGACACUUUCGAUCUACAAAUUCGGGAAACUACGUUAAAUUGGCCUACUAGGAGUUCUUAAGCUAAGGCGCAUGUGCGUAGCGUGAGAUUUUCUAUAUUGUCGCUCUCUCUUGGCACAUACUGUUAGUGCUAGAGAAGAAACGAAUAGGACCCAUUUUGUAGGAAAUUUAAUUUAGUUGAAUUUUGCACUGCGACACGUUUUCGCUGGAGGGUGCGGUUUACGAGUAUUAAAGAUAAACCUUCAAAAGUAAUAUUAAAUGUGUUCUGUCGCGGAAACCAUUCGGAAUAGGGCAUAUGUCCAUAUGAAGCUUUUUGUUCAGAACCACUAAUACUAUCACCCAUCAAAGCAUGUGCUUAGUGGUGGCACAACGAUGUUGCUGUAAGGUGUAUUGAACGAACUCGCAAACUUUCGCAUCCACAAAUGAUCUAUUUCAGGAAACAAAUAACACACAUUAAGAGACGACACUAAGGAAAAUAACAUAUACACACAUUCUCUGUGUGAGACCUCUUUCCAGAAGUAGUUGUUUGAAACUACCAAGAAUGACAAAGCCGUAGUUGGUGAAUUGGCUAAUCAUUCUUUGUUUACUUUUAGUGUCUAGUUUUGUUUAAAAAGCUGUCACCAGUUCUACUGCAUUAUGCAGCUCGCUUGGAAAUGUUGUACUUUGUUAACCAACGCUGACGUUCUGAGCUUACAUAAGUGAACACUGAAAGAUGCGUUUGUUAUUAUUUCACGUAAUUGGAAACGUCACUUGUACGAUUGCAGUAGAAACACAGAAAACAGAUAUUGUUGAUUUCUCUAGAUAUUAAUCUUUGAUAGACAAGGGGACGAUGAAUUGCUUAUUCCAUCACAUGUACCCCAUUUGAAGAGCCUCCUCUGUUCACUUAGCACUAUAAGUGAUACUCGUUAGUACAUCUUUCUACGCAGGAAACAGCAUUGAUUAACACGUAUCUACACAGGCUAUUGAAUUGCAAAGAACAGUCGUGAACAAUUAACAAUAAGCAACAAACUGUUAAUUUUAUACUACCUGCACAUUUUCUACUCCUGGCAGUGGGAAGUACCUGUAUAUCGAGGACCACAGAGGACAGAACAUGUGUUUAUAUGAAUACUCCGCUCAAAACUGUGCUUUCGAUCGAGUUACAAAGAUGUGGUCUUCGAAAUGUUUUCCGUUUAGUUCACUACAAUUUCUCUAGGAUUAUAUACAUUUAUUAAAGGCAGUUGUUUCAAUUUGGACCUGAGGUCGUUGUCUUGCGGGAAAAUAAUAGUUUAACGUAAGUAGACGGUCAACAGUAAAAUCUCCUCACACACACUUCCAGCCACAGUUAAAAUUGCCUGUUUAUAACUACCUACCACGCAAUCUCUGUUAAGCACACAAGUUUUCUUCGGUUCCUUGUAACAAUAUCAGAAGCGUAUCAAAGUGUCUCUUUGCAGCUUUCGAAAAUAUUAAACAGAAAAUAGUAAAACUUGAAACGAUCAUAGAACUUCGGUAUUUCACAGUAACUUGCUGGGUUUAAGACAGAAUAGACUUAGAACGAUGUACCCUCAAAUACAAAUUAAUAAUGAAAUCGCAGAUCUACCCAGUCAUACUAAAUCGUUUACUCGCCUCGAUGUAAUGUGAAGUGACCGCAGUGACUGGGAAUUGUGAACAGAAGCUGCAAACUCAUUUAAUCAGUUUUAAUCAUGCCCAUUUGUGUAUACUAAAAUACAGCAGGAGCCCUUUUAAAAUCACCAAUAGUAUUGUGAGACUAUUGCGUCAGACAUCUUAUAGUUGCGCGGAUACUUCAUACCACGUUAAGCAACGACGUUUUAUUUGUCAGGCAGUCUGUCAUGUGAAUUUCUAUAGCAAUGGAUUCAUGGAAAUCAAAUUUCCGUAUCUUGUGACAAAAAAAAAUCAUGAUGUUGCAGAUUACAUAGUCCCUCAGUCAAGGUGGUCGUCAACGGCACUCUACAAUCUUCUUUGAAAAUCGAAGUGUAGAGCAGUGGGAGUCGUAAAAUUUCCAUUUCACUGUUCAAGAAUGUGGAUAUUUGCUGUUCUUUGUUUCUAAUGACUGUAACCUGUACCUUGCGCUAACCUAGUUACUUUUGAAGCUUGCGACACCAGCAUAACUGUUUUGAGGACACCUUUGCUGUCCUUUUGACCAUGCGGCUGCGGCGUAGUAGAUGGCAAAUGGCGACCCUGUCGGCGGUGUCCGGCUACUCUGGAGCACACAAUGUUGUUCUCGACAGAACUCGAACACUCAUUUCACGCCAUGUUCCAAAUUACGGAGAGCAACGCAUAGCUUCUACCAGAUCAACGCGUCAUGAUCUUCUGGUUGUUGCCGUCCGAACUCUAUGACAUAACGAGAAAAUCGUCCCUAUACUCUACUCCGUCCAAACGAAUUAUUGUCGUAAGAUAUUUAUUUUGCUACAAUGUAUUAUACAAAUAUUUGUAAUGAUUUAGUGAGCAAGAGUGUAAAUCGAGAUUGAGUAAUUCCACUGCUGUCUGUCCGACGUUCUGGAAAUUUCGAGAGUGAUAAAUUAUUUCUCUAUAAUAUCAUAUACUCAAAUUGCUAUUAUGAGCUGAAGAACGAACUGUUGAAAAAAUUUGCAUGUUGUUACUACGAUUCAACUGAAAAAUUCGAUGAAGUAACUCCUUUUGCACGCCACAUAAAUUUAAGUUUACUUGUGGAGUGUGUGUUUCCAAAAACCAGUUCAGAUCUCAUAGAGAUCAAGUAUUUGCAUUAAAGUACACAUUUUUGUCUUACUAACUAAUCAUCCUUUGGAUAAAUAUAAGUGGAGUGGGAGUCCUUUAAAGAGAUGUACAGAUAUUUCACAAAGGCCAGUAUUAUGUUUUUAAUCAGGUUUAUGGACAUUGUAAAUAACGAAACUGAGAAUUAAAACUGUUUUAUAUCCGUAAAAUGAAGUUGCUUCAACUGCCCUAGUUCGCUCAGUGUGGUUGUCACACUUGAAACAUUGUUUAAUUCCUGUAUAAGUGAUGUCGCAGCAAGCAUUAAAAAACAAACAGGUUUCAAAAUAAAAUUAUAAUAAUGGUAAAAAUGUGUGCAAGUAAUGUGUAAAUGAAACCGUUAUAGAGAACCAUUCGAGCUCAAGCUAAAGGCAAGUGAUAAAUUAAUUUUGUCUUCCACAGAUUGUAUACGAUUUUGAACAAUGUAGCAGCAGUGUUGCUUUUUUUAUAUCUGUCUGCUGUAGAUGAAGAUAAGAACGUAUAUUCGUUUGUAUUUUUGUGAACCUGUGCAUAUUUGUUAUUCAUAUUUAUAUUUGACAAACAAAUAAAAGUUGUGGUUUCUUA